AUGGGGCGUAGCACCUCCCUGCCCUCAUCGAGCAUACGAUCGACAGUCGAUUCUGAACCGGACUCCGACGACAGCGAGGGCGCGUCAGACUGCGACGUUACUUCUUCGCGGUCACCAGGUUGGCUUGUCUCACCCUCCCUUCGCGCGAGGCGUACAGCAGUCUCACGAUCGCUUGAUCACUCAACACCGCUGUGUCUGUCGCGAAGACAGAGUCUGAGGUUGGCUACGCCAGAUUUGUACAAUGAGCAGACACACACCCCACGAGAGCGCUCCGGGUCGCCUUCAGUCUCGCCUACCUCGACAGGCUCUCUUCGGAGACUUUCUCUCGCAUCUUCAACGUCCAGCGCUGCCUCUGAUACGCUUCGAUCUCGCGCUUCGACACUAGUCAAUUGCAGUCAAGCCAUUGUAUGGACAGGCAAGCCCUUUGCGGCUGUCGGGCUCUUCGAGGAGCCGAUGCUGUCAAGCUCGCCGCCAAAGCGCGUCACGAGUCCUCUCUCGGCGCAAGACCCACACUUGCAGGAACGGACCAAGAAGUUGAAAAUUGCGCAUCGGUCGAUCAGAUCGCCCCUGCUGCUCCGACCUCCGCGGACCAGCGUCCAAGCGAGCCCAUCUGGUACAGCGCAGACAGACGUGUCUGCUGCUCGUCCCGUGUCGACCAUUACGAACUCGGACACAGACUCGUGGCCAGGCCUGCCAAGCUUGCCGGGCGCAGAUCUCGAAACAAAAGGGACUACUCCCGAAUGGCUCAUCUCGUCUCUUGUCCGAGACACGCCAGCGUCGCGCCUUGCACCUGCAGAGUGGCGUUGGGUAGGCGACGGCUACCAAUGGCUGCCCAACGCGAGCGAGAAUCGUUCAAAGACUCACCUCGAAGUCGAAUUUGCGCGACUGUGCAAAACUGGCGCGACAGAUCUUAGCACGGUCACGUCUCGGCGCAUGUGUGCUUCGCCUGCGUCAAUCGAUAGCGAAGGCGACUGUUUCGAUGAGGAAAACGUCACACAGACGCUUGCGGAUCUUCACGGCCGACGAUGGUCGGAGCCAGUCGGUCUGUCUAUGGGCAUCCCUCUCGAGCGGAGACGGAUGCAACAGCUUCCGCUGCGUCACCGGGCUGCCUCUGCAGAAAAUCUCGAACGACCGCCCGUUCGUACAGUCGAAGAAAUCAUUACCUUGACACGUAGUCAUCCACCGCCAGAAAGCACAGGCUCGCUCAAAGCUCAAUUACUCUCUCUACUUCGUGCGAAAACAUCAGAUGGCAGCAGCCCACAAUCGCGUGGAGUGGCAGUUUCGCACGGCACAGGCCUACGCAUGCGCAAAUGGGUCGCUCGAAAUGCCUGGUCCCGCCGUCUGACCCCACAGCUCAAGGCCAACACCGUCUUAGCUACAGAUCGCGUUGGAGAGACCCGAGCGGCAGUGGAGAGCUUGCUGUCGCUUUCGCCAGACAGUAGCAGCUCGACACGGUCCGUAGAAAGGAGCGUACCGUACAUGCCUGAGCGCGCUCUGCUUGCCAACGCCGCAGGUCAAGCGGUGUUGCCCUCAGUCGUAGCCGCUGACGAGCUGGCGACCAAGCCGGCUAGACGGCCGUCGCUGUCCGCCAGAUCGCAUUCGAUGCCGGAGCUUGGCAAGGAACGGUCGCAUUCCAUCAAGCGACUCACCUCGAGAUUUGGAUGGCGCAGUCGGAGAGUGGACAAGUCACCGCCCAGUCCAUCUGGACACGAAGCUUCAUGCCAAGCUUGA